CCCCCUUUUUUUUUUUCUAAACGAUGGCUCAAAUUACUCUAGAAAAUAUUAUCCAAGCUGCUGAGCGUAUUCAUGUUCACCGUACGCCAGUUCUCACUUGUGAGUCGAUGAAUGAAUUCGCUUCUACUAAAGAUGUUCCUGUUGAAUUAUACUUUAAAUGUGAAUUGUUUCAAAAGACUGGAUCAUUCAAAUACAGAGGUGCAUCCAAUGCUGUUGCUGUGUUAACGGAUGAAGAAGCUGCUAAUGGUGUUGUUUGUCAUUCAAGUGGUAACCAUGCUCAAGCUAUUGCUUUAGCUGCCAAGAACCGAGGUGUUCCUGCUUAUAUUGUUAUGCCCAACACAACCCCUGAUGUCAAGAAAGUGGCCGUUGCUGCCUAUGGUGCUCAUAUUAUUGAAUGUGAACCACUUCAAUCUGUACGAGAAGAAACAGCAGAGAGAGUCAGAAAAGAAAAGAAUGCCUCUUUUAUUCAUCCCUUUAACAACCCUCAUGUCAUCGCUGGUCAAGGCACCAUUGCUCUUGAGUUGUUAUCUCAAGUCAACGAUUUAGAUGCUAUUAUUGUGCCUGUUGGUGGUGGUGGUAUGUUGACAGGCUGCUCUAUUGCUGCCAAAUCUCUAAGACCCGACAUCAAGGUGUAUGCUGCAGAACCCUCUUUGGUAGACGAUUGCUAUCGUUCCUUCAAAAAGCAUGAACGAUUAACCAAUGCUCAAUCAGAGUCUGUCGCUGAUGGUUUGUUGACUAACUUGGGUGAUAUUGCUUAUUCUGAGAUUCACAAGCAUGUAGAUGAUGUGUUUACAGUGACUGAGAAGGAAAUUAUCAAUACAAUGGAAUUGAUUUGGGGUCGUAUGAAGCUUUGUAUUGAAGCCAGUGCUGCUGUUGGUGUUGCCAAUCAAAAAGAUAAUGUGAAGCGUAUUGGCAUCAUUCUUUGUGGUGGAAAUGUGGAUCUUGUUAAAGCAACAGAAUUGUUUGAAAACUAUAGAAAAUAAAGUUUU